UCAUGGAGGUUUUUGACGGUCGGUUUAAAAUCAAGGUCCGUGUGGUCGAAGAGAAUGAAGGUUCUUCGCGCGCUCUGCUUUUUGGUUUUGGACGUCCUUGAUCAUCGUGAUUCAUAUAAAUCGUAAAAAUCCCUUUUGACCAGUUUCCCAACCCCCCAUUGGCUCCGUCGCACUCAAAACUAUGACCCGCACCUUUCAUUGCUCAAAUGAUUUUCGUUUUCCUUAUUUCGAGUUAAUAUCUUUCUUCUCGCCAGCUUAUCCUGAAUUGAAGCUUCCAAAUUGAAGAGUAAAAAAUGGCAAGCGCGUUCUUAGGUUUGUCGCCCAUCAAUGCGCCGAAAGUGGACAACUUUUUAAAAGCGUUAACAUGAUGCUCCUCACGUUUCUGCGGAGCCUGGCGCCCUGUGGCGAUGACGAUACAUGCGCGUCGUUCUCGUUUGGGCGAAGCAAGGCUGGGUCGAAGGAAUACAACGAUGGCAGCGAUGAAAAAGAAGGUGUCGGGGCUGCAGGUGGCACUAAUGUCGGCACGACCACCAGCCCCGAAGUCGUGGUUGCUUUCAACCGCCGUCCUACCGCCCCGAGCGAGCGCAAUGCCACGCUGCGACAAUCAAAUGAGAUACUCGCCGGGAGAUCUAUCCAGGAAGUUCUGCGGCGGCGCUGCCUCGAAUACAUCUACGCACGAGAAUAUCGUGAGAAAAAAGUGUUUCACUGUAAGGCUUUUGCAGGUUUUGCAUCACAAGUUUGUUCUACAUGACAGAGAAAAUUUGCCAUGCCAGGUUCCUAAGGGAAAACACAGCUAAAAAUCCACUGUCUUGCAUGUGUAGCAAGACAAAUACUUCUGUGUUCAAUUUUAUGCAUCACAAGUUUACAGUGAAACAGUUUUUUCUUGCGAUAGAAAACUGGACUGGUUCCCACCUGAUGUCGCGGAGAAGAUGCAGGAGAUAAUAUUGAAAGGAAAAACUCCCCCUCCCCAUAUCGAAAAGGCAUGUUUCCGAAAAUUUGUGUUGCUGAUUUGAGGUCACAAAUCACAUUUGUCUUGCAAGAAGACAAGUGCAAAAGCUUCGCCCCUUUUAUGGAAGCGAUUUGUCAUGCUGUUGGGCCUAAAGGGCAGCCGUUUGCCAUGCUGAGCAACUAGGCCGAUACGCCCCUGCAUAGCCUGGGGAUCUGGUCGCAAUGCCUUCCUGCAAUACAAAGCUGAUUUGUGUACACAAAUCCAGCAUCAGAAAUUUCGUUUUGAUAUGGGGAGGGGGGAUUUUUCCUCUCGAUAGAUAAGCAUGGUUAGAAGUACAGCAGAGGAAAAUCUUAAUCUUCAAAAUAAUGCCGACGCAAAGGAGCUUGGUGUUUCAUCUGUUAUUUCCCCCGGCGACCCCGAUAUCGAAUGGCUGAAGGUGGCCACGACAAAAACACUGUCCCGGACGAAUUCUGGAAAUGUGCAAUUAGAGGAUUCCGAAUCGUGGAUCGACUCCUUUCACCUCCGUUACGAGAUCGACGAAAUUGAGUCUCUGGUGAUGCAGCUUCUCAAAGGUGUUCGUGUUGAGCCGGAAGAUGGUCCGAACGCUUUGUGCGAGGUCUUAAACGAGCUGCAGUGCCUGCCGAGAGUCGCGCCCGGGCUGGUGAAGAAAGACUGCGCGGAAUUUGGCAGUUGGAUGUCCGCGGAUGCGGUCACCGUGAAGCAAAACGGCUUAAGAUUGCUGUUGUUCGAAUGCUUACCGCUGGCAACUCGUGUACAACAAUACGUUCAGUCUUCCGCUUCGAGGACACUACUGGGCCAAGAGCGGGCGGGGAUUGAGCGGGAGCUCUGGUACCAGCGGGGACGGAAUGAGAGGCUGGUAUCGGCAGGGAAAGAGCAUGUCCGGCCGGAGCAGCUCGUAGCGCCGAUAACUAGUAGACAGGAAGAAGGCGGUAAGAACGCCUUGAAAGAUGAGGAUGGCCAGAGCUUGAAGGGAUCACUUUACCUGGAGAAGUAUGCAGAAAUGCUCGUUUCGUCUUACUCCUUUUUGACGGAUGCCUCGCUCGGGGAGAUCUUUGGUGCUCUGAACAAAGUUGUCCAAGAACAAAGUAGCGGCCACCAUAAUUACCGAGAAGCGCAUGUACCUAAGCAUCUCGAUGCCGCCCUUGCCAGCUACGUUUUGGAAGUCUGGCGCGAGUUUUCUGCUCUCCCCCCAGACCUUCAGGGAGACGGAGUUCAUCUCUCGGGCUCGAACCACCUUGGUGCAGUAGUUGUGCAGAACACAUACCGCAAAAAGAUUCUGGAACGUCAUUGGUGGGAGAAGGAAGGCCCGGAGUUGCGGUCAAAGAUACUUCAUCUUGAUAAAGACCAGAAAAACUACCCCUCGCUCACAGAGGCUUUUCGGCGCAUUGAGGGUCUGGAAAGGGGUUUAACCAUCGAGCAGAGGGCCCAACAGCAGGUGAACAGAUUGCUACGGGAACAUGGGGACCAAGAACAGAAUAUGAACUGCAAAAGCAUCGUAUUCGUAUAAAUGCAUUACAAAUUUCUUCAGCACGAGAAAUAAAAUUUGUAGUAAUGCGGAUUUGCCUUAAGAAAAAGAUUUGCAUUUGUAAUGCAUGACUGCAAUUACCACAAGUACGAUACUUUUGCACAGGAUACAGAAACUGCUCGUCGACCUCUCAUCUACUUCAGGACCGGAAAUAAACGAGGUUGAGGCGCAGAGGAGGAAAAAAGCCUUUCAGCAGCUGCAACUGCAGUGGCAUCCCGACAAGGAGCCAGAUCCGGAGAAGAGGAAAAUCGCGACCGCCGUGUUUCAAUUACUCCAAGACGAAAAGCCACGGUUUCUUGGCGAAAUAAACUGUUCAUAAGCUGCAAGAAGUGAGUUCAUCAAGUACAAUGCGUGUUUGUGAUAUUCACAAAAACAUUUGUAAAAGCUUGAAAUUCGGGUACAGUAAGUAACACAAGCAACAGCUGCCCGAGCGAGCGACAGCUUCGGCCCUAGCCGCAUGAAAAACA